GUGGGUGUGUUUGGAGGGUUUUGUUUUACUGUGUGAAGGCAGCCAAUUGUUAGUGUGUUGUCCAAGAUGCCGUGCCUGAAUCUGUCAACCAACGUCAACUUGGACGCCAUUGACACGUCCUCCAUCCUCUCCGAAGCCACCUCCACCGUCGCCAAACUCAUCGGAAAACCAGAAGCUUAUGUGAUGAUUGUGUUGAAAGGUUCUAUACCCAUUGCUUUUGGAGGUACUGAGGAGCCAGCUGCCUAUGGUGAGUUGGUGUCGAUUGGGGGGCUUAAUGCUGAUGUGAACAAAAAGUUAAGUGCUGAGAUUGCGGAAAUUCUUGAGACCAAGCUAUCUGUUCCCAAGUCGCGAUUCUUCCUGAAAUUCUACGACACCAAGGCUCAUCAAAGUCAAGAAAAUGCACAGUGUCUGCAUGCUUUACACCAGUCCUAGAUCAUGGUUCUUUCUUUGGAUGGAAUGGCUCCACCUUAUAAACUGAAGUUGGCAUUCGCAGGAACUUUAAAUGCAUUUGUGGGAAGAUCCCCAAAAAAACAUGAUUUUAUAUAAAUAUUCGAAUUCAGUUUCAUGAUAUUUUAAAAAAAGAUUGAAAUGUUGGUGUUACAUUGUGGGUGUAUUGAUGCAUCAAAGGUUACAUGAAUAUGAAUCAUUCUAAUC